CAGCAAUUUGCGUUUACACGCGAACUAGCUGUUCGCCCGUUUUGUACUCGCUCCAUCUGUCACACCAUUACUCUAGCAAGCUCGCUCAAUCGGGCGAAAAAAGGUAAAUGUCAAACGAACGAAACGUAAACAACGCGCACGUGCAUUCAGAAAAGAACUAACGCACCUACUGGAACGGAUCAGUCCUUUGAAGCAUCAAAAUGUAUCUCAUGUACGAUUUAAACGAAAAUGGUGAACGAGUUUACACACUGAAGAAAAACAACGCAGUUGGGAAGCCGACACAAUCGGCACAUCCGGCAAGGUUUUCUCCGGAAGAUAAGUACUCGCGCUAUCGCAUCAUCAUCAAGAAGCGCUUUGGAUUAAUGCUUACGCAAAAACCAGAACCGAUAUACUGAUCAGCUGAAACGUUCAAAAUUCCACUGCUAAUGUUAAAAAUAAAUACCUGAAUUUAAAAUGUAA